CAAAUGGCUCUGAACAAAACAAGCCUCGAAUCGCGGCUUCAUCUGGCGCGCUUUUUUUUUUCCACACAAGCUCGGUUCAAAUGUCACAUCACUAACUAGAAGUUUUGAAACGAGCAGGAAUAUCUGGAGGUGCUGCAACUGAACUGAGAAGAAGAUGUUUGUUAAAGAACAGGUUGAGGAGAACUCGAGUGAAGCAGCAGAACCCUGGAGAAUAAAACACGAGGAACAAGCAGACCUGAUGGAGGAGAGCGAUGAGAGAGAAGAACUGAGUGAAGUGGAGGAGGAACAUCAUGUCCAACCUGGAGGAAAACCUUUGAGUCGCUCAAAGACUAAAAAGACAUUUUUGAAGAAAAGAAGAGCCAAGAAAUCUUUCACCUGCACUCAGUGUGGAAAGAGUUUCACAACCAAACUUAGUCUAGAGAUUCACAUGAGGAUCCACACUGGAGAGAAGCCGUUCUCAUGUGAUCAGUGUGGAAAGAGUUUCUCAACCAAACAAAGUCUUAGGGAUCACAUGAGAAUCCACACUGGAGAGAAGCCGUUCACAUGUGAUCAGUGUGGGAAGAGUUUCGCACGAAAAUCAUGUCUUGAUGUUCACAUGAGAGUUCAUACUGGAGAGAAGCAGUUCAUGUGUGAACACUGUGAAAAGAGAUUCGCUCGGAGACAAAAUCUUAAUUCUCACAUGAAGACCCACACCGGAGAGAAGCCGUUCUCAUGUGAUCACUGUGGCAAAACAUUUCUUUGGUCAUCAAACCUGAAGAAACACCUGAGACUUCAUACGAAGGAGAAGCCGUAUUCAUGUUCUGUGUGUGGAAAGAGUUUUUCAGUGCUGCCAUAUUUACAAGAACAUCAGAAAAUACAUUCUGGUGUGAGAGAGUACAUGUGCUUUGAGUGUGAGAAGACUUUUAUUACAGCUCAACAUUUAAAACUGCACCAGAGGAUUCACACUGGAGAAAAACCUUACAAGUGUUCACACUGCGACAAGAGAUUCAGUCGGUCAGGAACUCUGAAAACACAUGAGAAGAUCCACAGCAGAGAGAAGCCGCACACGUGUGAUCAGUGUGGAAAGAGUUUCUCUUAUAAAAAUCAGCUGAAGAUACACAUGAAGAUCCACACAGUGAAGAAACCACCUAGUGGAGAAACCAAUUAGUUUCCUAACAGCCAUGAUGAGGGGCAGGACAGAUUGUAUGGGUGGGUGUUGUGACAAUUUUAUUUUGUGAUCUUGAAGACUUUAUGUCUUUGUAAAAGCGAUUUUUGUCUUUGUCUUAGCGAUAGAUAAUGAUUAAGUGCUUGUGUUAUAGAUUAGCGGAGUGCGAUAUUGACAAAAAUUAAAUAAAAUUGCAACCUUAUCAUGAAAAUCAUGAAAUUUGUGUCAAGCCCUUAAAAUAACAGUAGUCUACCCGUCAUGUAAACAUAACAUAUUGUCUCUAAAUUAAUGAAGUUCUGUUUAGUUUCCACUUGUUUUGACAACCACAAUGAAAGCUUUAGCAUAAGUUCUGCUAGGAAGACGUAAUUACCACAUUACUUGUUACCUUCAGGUUAUCCAAUCACGUUCGCAGAUGCCGACGCGACAACAACCUCCACCCUCCCCACCACCACCAGGAUGGUCCCGUCUAUACUUCCCUGGGGGUCGGCUGCGCCCGCCUUCGUCUUCAGGCAAGAAAUGCUGAUCCGCUACCCUCGGAUUACGAUCUAUGGACGGGGCCUACGCCAAAGAACUUUGCAAAUAAUUGCCUGCUGGGCUGUCAAUAAAUGGAUGCUUUGUUACAUCA